AUGAUCGAGAAUGAAGAUGAUGAACGCCUCCAGCAUUACCUUGACCUUAUGUACGAGGAAGUUACUAUCGAGGAGUUCAAGGAAGCCAAGCGUCUUCCUGAUGAGGAUAUCGAAGCUGAAAAGGCUACAUUCUUCGACCCAGUUGCUGAAUCUCACAACAGACGUCUACUUAUGGCAAGCGGAAUUGUCUUCUUCAACCAGCUCUCAGGAGGAGCUGCCCUCGGCAACUUCGGAGGAAACGUAUCUUUCGUCUCAGUUGUUGGAGCCGAUGCCGAAAGCAUCCUCACCGUUUUCGUCUACCUCAACUUGCUGCAAGUGGUCGUCACCCUUUUCUCAGGCCAAUUCCUUGAAAAGUACGGCAGGAGAGCCUUCAUGAUGGAGGGACAGAGGAUCAUCAUCGUUUCUCUCCUCCUCAUCGCAUUCAUCGAGAUCUUCGUUCCCCAACUGCACAUCUUCACAGUCAUCCUGACUUUCAUCCAGAUGGUCGGCUUCAGCGUCUGCUAUGGACCCUGCACCUUCCUCAUCGGCACUGAAAUCCUCCACGACAUCUUCUAUCCCUCAGUCCUGCUCUGGGUCUUCAUCUUCAUCCACACCAUCUCCAUCGGUACUUUCGUCAAUGCCUUCGGAAUCGGUCCUCUUUGCCUCGUCUAUUGCGCUUUCCAGAUUUGGGGAUUCCUCUACAUUUCAGGAUACCAAGUGGAGACCCAAGGCCGAAGCCGUCGUGACGUCUACGCUGACUUCAGAAAGGGCAUCUUCCCCAAUCCCAUUAGAUAUCUUCACGAGAAGCUAAAAAAUGCCAAACCCAAGGACACCUCACGCGCCAGAGAUAUCGAGCUUCCGCUUGUGGAAGGCUCCCAACUCAGGCAAUGA